AUGAAGUUCCUCGCCGCUCUCGCUCUCGGCUCUCUCGCCUCCGCCGGCUCCGUCUCCCGCCGCGCCGACAUGUGCGGUCAAUGGGACACCGUCGAGUCGGGUGACUUCACCCUGUAUAACAACCUCUGGGGCUCCGGCAACGCCGACAGCGGCUCGCAGUGCACCGGUCUCGACUCGGGCUCCGGCAACGAGAUCGCCUUCCACACCAGCUGGUCGUGGACCGGCGGUGCCGGUCAGGUCAAGAGCUUUGCCAACGCUGCCUACUCCUUCACGGCCAAGCAGCUGAGCAGCCUCAGCAGCAUCCCCACCACCUUCAACUGGAAGUACACCUCGGGAUCGGACAUUGUGGCUGACGUUGCAUACGACCUGUUCACCUCGUCCUCUGCUGACGGCGACGAGGAGUACGAGAUCAUGAUCUGGUUGGCCGCCCUUGGUGGCGCCGGCCCUAUCUCGUCGACCGGAUCGACCAUCGCCAAACCCACGGUCGCCGGAACCACCUGGGACCUCUACCUGGGCCCCAACGGCCAGAUGCAGGUGUACAGCUUCGUCGCCCCCUCCAGCGUCGAGAACUUCGAGGCCGACCUGGUCGACUUCCUCAAGUACCUGCAGGAGAGCCAGAACCUGCCCUCCAGCCAGUACCUCACCCACAUCCAGGCGGGUACUGAGCCCUUCUCCGGCAGCGACGCGAAGAUGAGCGUCUCUUCCUUCAAGGUGUCGGUUGCCUAA